CACAAACGUAAAAAUAUUUUAGAAUUGGGUUGAUAAAUGGAGGCAGAAGGAGAAACAUAGAUUUCCAAUAUUUUAUAUGAUUUUCUGAUCGGACAAACAUGCCCAAACUGAGUACAAAUUCACUGGAAUUGCUAAUAUCGAUCAACGUGAUUCCCCUAAUCAUCGCAAGGAGAGGACAAGAACGACGAUUGGCCGUCGCCACGAAAACUUUUCCACAACUUUUUCAGCGUCACUUGGGCCCUUUAAUCUGUGCUUUUGAGCAGAAGACUUCACCAAAACUUGACUUUGCGCGCACCCCUCGUCGCCCGGUUCUGAUUUUCUGAAGUUUCACUCGCUUAUUCAACAGUUUUGCAACCAUGAGAGACAUGGGAAGGCAGAGUAUUCCAUUGAUUGAUCGUGGGGCAGCGGGGAGGAGCCAUGGCACAUCACAAGAACAUCAGUUAACAGUCCUGGAACAUGGGAAUGCUGAACCGCCUGCAAAUGUUGGGUUUGGCAGAGUACUUUCACUUGCAAAACCUGAAGUAGGGAGGUUGAUAAUUGCUACCAUUGCUCUUCUGAUUGCUUCCACCUCAACUAUAUUGAUUCCGAAAUUCGGUGGAAAGAUUAUAGACAUUGUAACUGGAGAUAUCGACACACCCGAACAGAAAAGCAAAGCUUUAAAGGAAGUCACAAACACCAUUGUAUACAUCACAUCAAUCGUCUUAGUCGGUUCGGUUUGCUCAGCUAUUCGAGCUUGGUUAUUUUAUUCUGCUAGUGAAAGCGUUGUUGCUCGUUUAAGGAAGAAUUUAUUCACUCAUCUUCUUAAUCAGGAAAUAGCCUUCUUUGACGUUACCCGAACAGGGGAGCUUCUUAGUAGGCUAUCUGAGGAUACCCAAAUCAUUAAGAAUGCAGCAACUACCAAUCUUUCAGAAGCUCUAAGAAGCCUAUCAACUGCAUUAAUUGGGUUGACCUUCAUGUUUUCAACUUCUUGGAAGUUAACAUUAUUGGCUUUGGUUGUUGUCCCUGUUGUUUCUGUUGCUGUUCGUGAAUUUGGUCGCUAUCUUCGUGAGCUGUCUCACAAGACUCAAGCAGCAGCAGCUGUCUGUGCUUCAAUAGCUGAGGAAUGUUUUGGUGCCGUGCGCACUGUCAGAUCUUUCGCUCAAGAAUCCUAUGAGAUAUCACGGUACUCUCAGAAAGUAGAGGAGACAUUGCAACUGGGACUUAAACAAGCUAAAGUGAUUGGAUUAUUCUCUGGAGGUCUCUUUGCAACGACGACCUUAUCUGUUAUUAUCGUCGUGAUAUAUGGAGCUAAUUUGGCAAUCAAAGGGUUCAUGAGUCCAGGAGCUCUGGCUUCUUUCAUCCUCUAUAGUUUAACUGUUGGAACCUCCGUAUAUGGGUUGUCAGGAUUGUACACUGUUGUCAUGAAAGCUGCUGGAGCUAGUAGACGAGUUUUUCAGCUCCUUGAUCGUGUAUCAACAAUGGUUAAUUCAGGAAAUAAGCUCCCUAUUGGUGAUCAAGAUGCAGAGGUCGAGUUGGACGAUGUCUGGUUUGCAUAUCCGUCCCGCCCGAAUCACACGGUGCUGAAGGGAAUAACACUGAGAUUGCAGCCUGGCACAAAAGUUGCUCUAGUUGGUCCGAGUGGUGGUGGAAAAACCACCAUAGCAAACCUGAUUGAAAGGUUUUAUGAUCCUAUUAAAGGACGGAUUCUGAUAAAUGGCGUUCCUUUGGUAGAGAUAUCACAUGAACAUUUACACAAAAGGAUCAGUAUAGUGAGCCAGGAGCCUGUUCUUUUCAACAGCUCCAUAGAGGAGAACAUAGCCUAUGGUUUAGAUGGCAAAGUUGAUAGCAUAGAUGUAGAAAAUGCAGCUAAAAUGGCCAAUGCACAUGACUUCAUAUCAAACUUCCCUGAAAAGUACAAAACUCACGUCGGAGAACGCGGGGUAAGGCUGUCGGGCGGACAAAAGCAAAGAGUAGCUAUAGCAAGAGCUCUACUUAUGAACCCAAGAAUUCUCCUGUUGGAUGAAGCCACAAGUGCUCUAGAUGCUGAAAGUGAACACCUAGUACAGGACGCAAUGGAUUCUUUGAUGAGAGGCAGGACGGUGCUAGUCAUUGCUCACAGGCUAUCAACUGUGAAGACCGCAGACACUGUGGCUGUUGUUUGUGAUGGUGAAAUUGUUGAAAGUGGAAGGCAUGAAGAGCUUCUUAGCAGAGAUGGUGUCUACACUGCACUAGUCAAGAGACAACUGCAAGAUACAAGACCAACAUAAUGAAAAAGACCCUUUUCUUCCUUUCCUACCACUAUACACAGAAAUCGUUAUAAGAUACUUGGAUGGUGUGUUUAAUAGAUCUUUGAAAUUUCAAAUUUGAUGUAUAAUAGAUAAUUUACUGGGUCAA